AUGCCCUACAUUGAGAAGCGUCGUGCCGCACGAGCAGCUGCUCUGGUAUCUGGCAAGAAGAUACCGGAGUUCUAUGAUGCCAUCGACUGGGCAGACCAGGAGGCCGCUACGAGGGGCGUGACCUACGAUCCUGCCAUCAUGCAGCUUAUGUUAGCAGUCGCCGCGAUUCAUACUACGGCUGAUCUGGUAACAGAGAUUGUACUACAGUUGGCUCUUCACCCGGAGUAUGCCGCUCCCCUUAGAGAGGAGGUCAUUCACAUCUUACGUUCUGAGGGCUUGAAGAAGUCAUCUCUUCACAACAUGAAGCUUUUGGACAGCGCUUUGAAAGAAGCUCAACGUCACAAGCCGCCUGGAGUUGCAUCAUUACGGAGACGAGUUGAGAAACCUCUCACUCUGUCGAAUGGACUCCACCUCAGAGUAGGAGAUAGGAUCGCGAUCGACACAUAUCGCAUGGGAGAUCCAGAGCUGCACCAAGACCCCGAGAAGUGGGACCCUUACAGGUUCAUCAAGAUGGCCGAGCAGCCUCGCAAGGCCAACUAUGCACAACUGGUUGUGACGAGCCCUGACCACCUUGCCUUCGGACACGGGGAUCACGCAUGUCCCGGAAGAUUCUUUGCGGCUUACGAGAUCAAGAUUAUCAUGUGUCAUCUGUUGCUAAAGUAUGAGUGGGAGGCGUUGCCCACUACCGAUGCAUCGCCAAUGGUUUUGGGGUUCACCAAUGCAAGCAAUCCCACCGCGAGAGUCAGGGUCCGUCGGCGCAAGGAAACGGAAUUGGAUAUUGAUUGCUUGUGA